GUCAGCUAGCUAGUUGUGCAUGGAAAGAACAUGGAAGCGGGAGAGGAGCCGUGUCACAGAAUUACAUGACUCGGGAAAAUUAAAGAUUUUCCCGUUUUCUGGCCGAAUCCAUUCUUUUUAACUGAUCAUAUAUCAUAGCUGAUUUUAAUGGUGACUGUUGAUCUUUAUUUGAAAGAGAGGCUUCACGCAUUUUGUGAGUGAAACUGCCCAGCUGGGCAGGACACCAUCCGAUCUUGCAUCAUCUAGGAAAGCUUUGUAACUCAGUUCAUCAGCCAGUUGCAGGAGCCAUCACCGCCUCCUCUGUACAGAGCAUCUUCACAUUUCUCUUUUGGUUUGGUAUCGCAAUGGUUCAUCAAAAGUAAACUCGUCUUUGGAAGGAGAUGGUCUUGACAAUCAAGAUGCGGCCGCAUGAGGGAGCUAGAAGGAGGAAGCAAAACGUCGCCCGGCGCAUUGUUUCUUCUGACAGCGAUUCAUCAGAGUCCGUACCAGACUUCUUCAUCAACCAACCCUCCAAUACCCGUACCCCCAUCGACAAACCUAAGAACGAGAAGACCAGGAUAGGCCCAACCCCAAACGGCGACUCCAAAAAGAAGAACUUUGUGCGCCCCAACAGUAUUGGGUCGUCAGAAUCUGCUGGUUUUGGUAGCAAGAGGGCGAUCAAUGCUCUGUCAGGGGUCAAUAACGGCUUUGUUUAUCAGCUAAAGAAGAGGGAGCCAAAUGUAGAUGAGGAGGUUGAAAGCGAUAGCUCAAAGGAUGUGAAGGAUGCAAAGAAGUGCAAUGGAUCUUUGGUUGACAGUUCACUCAAUGAAGAAAUACCAGAAGGUACAGUCAUCGUCCAGCCAGAGGCAGCAUCGGAUGGAGAGGAAGAUUGGUCCAAGAGCAAGGAGUUUGGAAAACUGUUUCCCCGUGAGCGGAAAGAAAGAAAAGAUGCUAACAAUCAAAAUGCACCCCCAACCGAAGAAUCUGUGUUCUGUACGGCAUGCAACACCCAAGUCAACCCGUUCGACAGAAAAACCUUCUUCUGCCAUACAGUUCUGAGUGUGGUCAUCUGUAAGGGAUGUUUGGAUUUCUACAACAGUGGCCCCUGGAAGCAGGAUAGAGACGGCAUCGAGGAGGAGUGUCGUUGGUGUGGGCAAGGCGGUUCCCUAUCCUGCUGUGACUACUGCUGCAAGACAUUCUGCAAGCGUUGCAUCAUGCGCAACCUGGGAAGAGCCGAAUGGAAUCGUACAUUAUCAAAGAAGAAGUGGAAGUGCUACGUGUGUGAUCCUGCACCCCUCAAAGAACUGGUUGCCAAGUGCAAUGCUCUCCUUGCACGGUCUGUUAAAACAGAGAAGAAGGAGAAAGAGAAGGCAAAUGUUUAUGUACAGAAGAAGGUAGUGAAGGCACCUAAGAAGGAGAAGAUGCAGGAUGCAGCUAUCGCUGAGGAAUUCCUUCAGUAUCUUGUAGGGAACAUCAGCAAUAGGGCUCUGUUCAUGAGGAGCUUGGUGCGACUCAAGAAUGAGGUGCCUGACAUGCAGAAGCUCCAGAUGAACCUGUCCCUGAAGCAUAUCGGCGAGGUCAAGACCGUCCUGGGAGAGUUUGAGGCCUGUGUGAAGAAGCAUCUCUACGGCGAUGCACACAAGAGCGAUUCUGCCCUUGAUGGAACCGAUCCAGAGGACCUUGAUAGCCCUGAAAGGAGGUCCAAGUCCCAGAUGGAAGAGAGAAGUUUUAAGACUGAGAAGAAGGAGGAAACAGCAGGGGAAGACCAGGUGAUAAAGGAGGAGGAGAGUGCAAUGGAUACAGCAGAGGGUGAUGUUCUUGAAGAUGCUGACAUCUCACAAAAGGAAUCUAGUGAUGACACAAAGGGAAGUGGACAUAAAGAGAAGAAUGUAAAGAUCAGUGAAAAUACCCCCAUUGCUGAUGUUGACAUGGAAAGCAAUGAUGUUGAUGUUGAGGCUAAUGGAGACAAAGCAACCAGUGGAACAAAGGGAAAAGAACUGAAAGAAAAGGAGCAGAUAGAAACAUGUCCCGAAAAGGGAAGUAUACCUGAUGACACCGAUGAUGCGAUCAUGAACGCUCAAGAAGAUACUGGUGAUGGUGACAGUAAGGACACAGAUUGUCCUUCAAGCCCACCUAGUGCAAGGAAAAUGAAAAUCACUCCUAGAUCUCCCAGAUCAAGGAGAGAAUUGCAAGAAGCAAACCUCAGAGGAUCACAAGACGGUAAGAGUCAAGAGGACGAAGAAGCUAAAUUGAUGUCUAUGCUUAGUGAAUCUGAUGAUGAUUCUUGUGACGAGAGUGAAGGAUCGGAGUAUAGUCCUAAUAAAUCAACAAGGUCUCUUAAGAAAUCGACUCCAAACGCAAGGAAGGAACUGUCCAAGAAAUUCUCCAAGUCUGUGGAGAAAGAAUCUGUGUCCAGUUCUGACUCUGAUCAUGAGUCAGAGGGUAGUCCUAAAAGAUUAACAAGGUCUCAUAAGAAAUCUUCUCCAAAUGCAAAGAAGGAACUGUCCAGGAAAUUCUCCAAGGCUGUGGAGAAAGAAUCUGUGUCCAGUGCUGACUCUGAUCAUGACGAGACGGCCGAAAGGAGAGAAGGACCAGGAGAGGACUCGAGUAAUCCUGAAGAAGAGUCUGGUUUUGAUGGAAUUCCUGGAGAUUCUUCUACAGGAGCCUCUCAGGACGAAGAAGGGGAGAAGGAAGAUGAAGUUGAGAAAAAGAAGGACUUGUCUGCAGUGACGGUCACAAGAAAAAGCAGACAUAGCUCUGCAGCAAGUGAAAGUGAAUCUUCUGAGAAAAUAUCUGAGAGUAAAUCUGAGAAUAGUGAUGAUAGUACCAAGCCCCAGAGAAGAAGAUCAAGCAGGAGAAAGAAGAAUUGUGAACCAGAAAAGAAGAAAUGUGAACCAGAAAAGAAGAAAUGUGAACCAGAAAAGAUGGACUCUGCCGAGGAGGAGGAAAUUGAACUGAAGAGGCUUGAGGGCAUUAGAGGCUUGAAAAGAAAACGUAACCGUGAAACUGAUAGCGAUGAUGCUUCUGAGAAUGUACCUGAGAAGCCUGAAGAUAGGCCUGAAGAAAUCGAAGCAGAGAGUGUUGCGAUGAAAGAUGAGAAAAAGUCUGAUGUUGAACAGGAGUCUGAAUCAGAAGAAAAUCUAUCCAAGAAAGCAAAGAAGGUCAGAAAAUCUCCUGCAAAGAUAGACCCCAAGAGCAGGGAGCUUCUCAGUUCCGACUCUUCUUCAGAUGACGAGUCUAAUGCAGAGAGUGACGGCUGUUCUGGGUUGAGAUGGCAGAGUCUCAACAAGAACAAGAAAAGCAAGAAGGGGGAUAGCCGGGAAGUGGCUGAAAACCUUCUGAUGGAUGAGUUGGAUAGUAAUGACGAGGAAGAUGACGACGAUGAUGACGACGAUGAUGAGGAUGAAGAAAUGGAUGGUGCCGGAUCCAAGCGGAGCAAGAAGACGGCCCAAAAGAAGGCAGAAGAAGAGGAGCCUGAAGAAGAAGAUGAAGAUUGGGAUAAUGGUGAAAACAAACAGAAUGGAACAGGAGGAGGCAGUGGAAGUGGGAAUGGCAAGAAAGGAGGGGAUGAUAAAAAGAAGAAGAAGAAAGGAAAGGACCAAGAUGAUGAUGAUGAAGAAGAGGAUGAGGAGAAUAUGGAAGAAAAUGGAGAGGAAGAAGAAAAUGGAGAGGAAGAGGAAACUGAAGAGGAUGAAUCCGAUGAAGAGGGAACCAAGAAAUCACAUCCUUUGUUGCGCGUCAAGAUCUCAUCCAGUGAGGAUGAGGAAGAUGAGGGCACUUCAAAGAAAAAGAAAGGCAAGAAGGCCAAGGCAGCUCCAAAGAAAAAGGGCAAAUCCACAAAAAAGAGGAGGAAAGAGAUCGACACUGAUGAGUACUUUACAUCAUCGGAUUCGGACGAUGUCUCAGACGAGAAGCCAAAGCGAAAACGAGUGACGAGAUCUCAGACUGCAUCCUCAACUGAAGACUCGUCUGCGGAACUGAAGAAACCCAAGAAGAGGAGAGCCAGGAAACGGGAACCUGGCACCAGCUCAGAGGCAGACUCCAGUAAAGAAACCAAGCCAAAGAAACGAGGCAAAGGAAAGAAGAGGAGGAGGAUAAAAGUAGCCUCUUCUUCAGACUCUGAAUCCAAGACACAAGAAGACAGUCAGGAAGAGAAGACAGGCUCUGACGAUUCCAGUGGGGAUGAAAAUGACACCCCCAAGAAGGGACGUAAGCAGAUCCGUAGGGUGAUCAAGAAGAGCAAGCUCAAAGCAGAGACUCUGGCAGCCGAGAUGGAAGAACAGGAGAGACGCAGAAGAAUAGAGGAGAAAAGGAAACAGAUCAUCAAUGCGGAAGAAGAGAAGGCCAAAAAGAGCGCUGUUGUUAAGACGUGCAUCCUGGAGAAAGCCAAGGACUCUGAUGAGGUCGUGCUAGAGGUGGACGAGCGCAUCGUCAAGCACCUCAAACCCCACCAGGCAGAAGGCAUCCGCUUCAUAUUUGACAGUACCUUUGAGUCGGUCUCGAAAGCUGGCGCGAAAGGAGGAGGCUGCAUCCUGGCUCACUGCAUGGGACUGGGUAAAACCCUGCAGGUCAUCUCCUAUCUGCACACUAUAAUGACGAAUCCGGAUUUAAAGGUGAAGACUUGCCUGGUGGUAGCUCCUCUCAACACCGUCCUUAACUGGGAAGAUGAGUUUGAGAAGUGGAUUGGGCACAUGGACAGUGGCAUCAAUAUCUAUGAGAUGAGUGCAGUGAAGAACAAUGCAAGCAGGGCUGAUUAUCUGGAUCACUGGCACAAGAAGGGAGGAGUAAUGAUCUUGGGUUACGCUAUGUACAGGAAUCUCGCUCUCCUCACCCAUAUACGCAAGAAAAAAGAGAAAGCAAUCUUCCUCAAAACUCUUGUAGAACCAGGUCCAGACAUAGUAGUAUGUGAUGAAGGUCACAUGUUGAAGAACGAGAGCUCAGCCAUCUCUAAGGCUAUGAACAACAUCACUACAUUGAGAAGGAUAUGCUUGACCGGGACACCACUACAGAAUAAUCUGAUAGAAUAUCAUUGCAUGGUUCACUUUGUGAAGCCCAACCUACUUGGUACCAUGAGAGAGUUCAAGAAUCGCUUUGUGAAUCCAAUCACCAAUGGACAGCACAGUGACUCCACCGCUAGAGAUGUUAAGAUCAUGAAGAGAAGAGCCCAUGUACUCCAUAAUCUGCUUUCGGGCUGUGUACAGAGGAAAGACUACAUGGCACUGACCAAGUUCUUGCCACCCAAACACGAGUUUGUGAUCAACGUGAGGUUAUCUGAAGUCCAGAUAAAGCUGUAUGACCACUACCUGAACACCAUGUCUGGACGAAAGGACGACGGCACCAAGACCCAAUGCACCAGUCUCUUUUCAGAUUACCAGGCUCUGAUGAACGUCUGGACGCACCCAAGGCUCCUACAGCUGGCUUCAGCUAGAUAUGACAGAAACGCCGCUAAACGAGAGAUGGACGAUUUUGUGACCUCUGAAGAGGAGGAUGAUGACGAUGAUGACAGCGUGAAGGCGUUUGUCAUCUCAUCAGACAGUGACCUUGAUGACCCCUGGAAGUCACAUAGGAAGAAACCCGAUAAGCCAAGCAGCAGUUCUUCUCGACCGACAAGAUCGCGGCGUGGGCAGGACAACGAUAACAGUGAUAGUGACGAUGAUCUCAGCGGCGAGGCCAAAAACGAUGGGAACAACUCGGACAGCAGCGUUGAAGUGGUCAAGUCCUGGAACACCAGGAGUAGGGCCAAAGAGUCUGGACUCUCGGAAGGAGCAUCCACAUCGGCAGCUGAAAUCUACAUCCCUCCUGAACCUGAGAAGGUUAACAGGUGGUACUCUGAUUUCUUCUCCGAGGACGAUUCCUUCAAGAUAGAGCUUAGCGGCAAGCUGGUCCUCCUCUUUGAGAUUCUUAAGAUGGCGGAGAGUGUAGGAGAAAAAGUGCUUGUCUUCAGCCAGAGUCUGCUAUCUCUGGACAUGAUCGAGGACAUGUUGGCUCAUCUAGACGAGAAGGCUCAGGAGGAGAGGGCCAAUGGAGAACAGGACUUAGAAAAUCAGAUCGGAGGUACUGGAUCAUGGAUCAAAGGCGAGGAUUACUUCAGAAUGGACGGUUCCUCUGCAGCCCAUCUCAGGAGAAGAUGGUCAGAGAUCUUCAACGAUCUGGAUAAUAUACGAUCUCGUCUGUUCCUGAUCUCAACCCGGGCCGGGUCCCUGGGGACUAACCUGAUUGCAGCCAAUCGUGUCAUCAUCUUCGAUGCAAACUGGAAUCCUAGCCACGACAUUCAGUCCAUCUUCAGAGUCUACCGCUUUGGUCAAGAGAGGGCAGUCUUCAUCUACAGGUUUAUCGCACAGGGUACAAUGGAGGAGAAGAUCUAUGACAGACAGGUCAUCAAACAGUCGCUAUCACAGAGGGUGGUCGAUGAGCACCAGAUCGAACGUCACUUCACGUCAGCAGAUCUCUCUGAGCUUUACAACUUCUUUCCAGACAGGCUAGAUGACCCUGACAGACCAGAAAAACCCACCCCAGUCCUACCCAAGGACUAUUUCCUGGCAGAACUACUGAAGAACCAGGCCAAGUGGAUAGUGAAGUACCACGAGCACGACUCGUUAUUAGAGAACCAGAUGGAAGAAGAACUAACGGAGGACGAGAGGAAGGAGGCGUGGCAGGAUUACGAUGCAGAGAAGAACAGACAGAUUAACAUGCCCAUUCCGAGACAGUUUGACCCUCAAGAUAUGGAGAGAAUCUACAAGGAGGGAGAGUCCAUUCUGCGCAUGGGGGAGAUGAUGUUGAACUACCCAGGUCAGUCAGGGUCUGGAAUGGCAGGAAACAAUGUUGGCCACCCCGGUCUACCAAUGGGAGGACCCAGCAGUGGUAUGCCUCAGGCACCUCAUAUGCAGCGUAUGCUGGAGAUGCAGAGCAUGUAUCGAGCGCAGAUGCAGCAACAGCAGCAACAGCAACAGAUGCAGCAAGAGCAGCAGCAACAGCUUCGACGUCUGAUGAUGCUGCAACAAGCCAGGGAAAUGCCCAACACGGCCAAGAUGAUGCUGCAACAAGCCAGGGAAAUGCCCAACACGGCCAACAGCACCAACACCGGCAUGAGGGAUCUGCAGAGGAUUGCUCUUUUACAGCAACAGCAGCGGCAGCAGCAGCGGCAGCAGCAACUGCAGCAACAGCAAAAGUUGCUGAACCAGAGGGCAUCGUCGUCCGAAGGCAAGGCCCCUUAAAGAGGGAGGCAAACAGACUGCAACAGGCCAAGUCAGACUCCUUCGCAUCGCAGUCCGUCUUUUCUGAACUGAAUGAAUUGUAAUCAAAGUUGCAAGUUGUAAUGAAAGAAAUGUCGAUAGUAGUCUGUAUAGGAACUGUGCCACAUUCUUGUAACAUGGUACGCUAGUAAGAAAAAGUUUGAAAAACAUUUUAUGAAAAAUACCAAUGUAUUUAUGUAAUUCAGUCAUGUCGAAACAGCUCUUGUACAUAAAUAGGAUCGAUUUUUAAAGUGUUCAUGACAGGCAAAUGAGAGAUUGACAUGUGAGGAAAUAAAAUUGAUAGUCGGUAUUCAAUAAGUAAAGGAAUAAAUUUCUCUGAGUGGUAAUUAAAGAAAGUAGGGUGUACCGCAGAUACAUUCAAAGUAGGCACAGUACAACAUUUCAAAGAUAGAUUUAUACAUGUACUUGCACUGCCUUCCUAAAGCAAAGCACGUGGAAUUAUUUUAGUGUCUCGUUUUAAAAUUAGUUUUAAGUGUCUCCUGUCUUUGUCGUAGCAAGACUGACAGACAUUGGGCUAACAGAAUUACUAGGGUGUUCAAGGAUCUAAGUUUCAGUGUUAUAUUGUAAUAGACAUGACUCGAGGCUAUCUAACACGGUAGAUUUGCUGAAGACCAUUACAGGUUGUAUUCAAAAUAAAGUGUGAUUGAUGCUUUCAUAUUACUUCUGUUCAUCUUGGUCUCUUAGUUGAAGUCUGUUUGCAUUACGUGUUGCUACGGUAGGGAAACCUCAGGCCAGCUGCUGUGUGGAAGGUUGUUUUUGAAUUGGCGUACAUAUCUUGACUAGCCUAUUUUGUGUUACAACUAGGUUGGUGCUUCUUUGAGAGGUGUUCGAAUGAACACAGGCAGUUCUUCGGUGCUAAUUUGAGUCACACCAAAAUAUAUCUACAUACUUACAGACAUUCAAUCUGAUCGUUGGCGGAGCCAUCAAGAGCUUGAGCCAUCAAAAGCUUUAGCAGAAUGGAGAAAACUUUUCUUCUCAGUUGUUUCUUUACUGGCUUCUUCGCUUUCUUGGUUUGAUUUGAGUCUCUUUUUUUUUGCAGGCUCAUGGUUAUAGAGGGGAUGAAGGGGGUUGUCUUCUUGUUCAUCUAAUCCCUAACACCUUGGAAAUCUUCACAUCUAUCUUUGCAUUGCCCUUAUUGAUCAGUUUGAUGCUCUCCAACCUAUGCACCACCUGCUCAGAGAUCCUACUUACAAAAUUAAGUGUUUAGAAAGUAACAGUAGUGAAGAUCAUUCGUAAAUCGUAGCCUUACAUGAAAGAAUUGCAUUCCAUUCGCUACCAUAGAUGAUUGUUUUUUCUUCUUCAGUUUUCUCUAUGAGAUAGAAUGUCAUGCUAUCAGGAUGAGUUCACACACAUAUCUACACAUGUUUUAUCACAUUUGCACUUUUGAUGUCUCAUGUCAUCUGCACACUUGCUUUUAUUACGCAAUGUGAAUGAUUUUGUUGUCAGUUACUUUAUAUGACAGUCAGAGCAUCGAAAUGUUAUUUUAUGACAUGGCUCUAAUAAAGGCUUUUCACAUUUAUCGUGGUAAAGUAAACUGGUGUUUUUAAUUUUUGUUUAUGUGGUAAUGUUUGGCAAGUAGGAAUGGAAAUAGAGCUGCGUGCAAUGAAUGCCCUACACAUGCUCACUCAUGUGUGUAAUACAAGAUACGGAAUGUGCAGCGCAUUAUGCUUUGUCAUUAAAACAGAACUGCAGCGGUUUACAGCAUAUUUUAAGAAGUCUUUAUUUUCCUGAUUUCUUUUGUUUAUAAACUCCCAUUAAGACGUGAAAAGUUUCUCUUGACAGAUUUUGUUAUUCUGCAUUCUCACAAACGCACAAAUAUAAUAUUUUUGAGCGAUAUUGUGGCAAAACACAUGUGAUAACGACAUAUAGGCUAAGAACUGCAUAUAGAAAGAUAAAGUGGCUUUGUGCUUAGUUUGUCUGGAUCAACCGAAUUGAGUCACACAUGUUGGCGUGUCAUCUCAGAAGGUACAUGUGGACCAUCUCUUUAGUGCAUUUAAGAAGGAAUUUUAUGUUAGAAUCAUUCUUCUUCAGAAUUGCCAUUCUGAAUGGCAAUUCUGAAGAAGUUAGGGACUC